AUGGCAUCAACCAGACAGCUCUACUGGUGGAUGUGCGUGGGCUGCGUCGUCUUGUCCGUUGUCCUUACGGCCUUUCCGGCAAACCGAUGGAGUUGGUAUCCCCAAGAGAACAGCGAGGAGCCUGGGUCCAUGGAUCUGAAUUCCAUCAACAAGGGCAGUUUCACAGUAGCCGUCUCUGGUGCUUUCUCCGAGGCGGAGUGUGAGGAGCUGCUCCGCUUGGCCGGGCCUGGGGAGGAGGCAUUGGUUUCUGGAAAUCAAGGGCCCGGAUACUUCAAAGAAGAGGUGCGUGUGGCGAAGAUGUAUACGGUGAAUCCGGAUGAUGCUCGGUUUCAAUGGGUGUUCAAGCGUCUCUGGCAGAUUGCGACCGAAACAAACCGGUUGCACUGGAAGCUGGGACGCUUGAAGUUCAUGGAGCCACUGAAUCUGGUGAGCUAUACUGCAGCUGAAGAUGGUGAUGUCCACGGCCACUAUGAUUGGCAUGCGGACUUGAUGCCUGGCGCUGAAUCGGAGGGGCGACUGCUAUCCCUCUCUGUCCAGCUCUCCAGGGGGAGUGACUAUCAGGGAGGCGCCCUGGUCGUCGGCACCGAGGAGUCCUCGCGUGGCCUGGGCGACGCGGUGACAUUUCCCUCCUACAUGGCUCACUGUGUUCUCCCGGUCUCCAAGGGAGUCAGGCACGCUCUGGUGGCCUGGGUGCGUGGCCGGGUGAACAGCGACCUGGCAGAUGCUGCACAAGCUGCCCACCGACACGCCAUCGCCGAUGGCUCCAAGUCGGUACAGAAGACCGAGCGACCUGCGAAGCGUGCUCAACUGGCUCAGGCAGCUCUGGGCUUGCAGCGCAUCUACGGCAACCACCUACUGCACAUUGGCCGGCACCGGGAGGCGGCCGAUAUGCUGCGUGCCGUGGCGCAGCAGGAUCCUUACAGCCCCGGUGCUUUGAACAACCUGGCAGUGGCAGAGUACCAGCAAGGAAAACUGCAUGCGGCAAUUGAUGCCCUCCUGUAUGCCGUGAGUCUGCGUCCGAACGAUGGCGAAGUGAGAGCAAAUCUGGGACGGUUCUUUUUCAUGGACGGCCGCCUUCCAUUGGGGACGUAUCACCUGGCCACGGCCGUGACUCUUUGGCACCGUUCGGCAAUAAUGCUGUUCCUCUUCUGUAUGACGGCGUACUGUAGCGUGUGUUUUCGGCUCAGUUGCUUGUGA